AUGGCUACGGAUUUAAAGACCUACAAGCUUAACCACUCGAUGAUUCGGGUGAAAGACCCCAAGGAGUCAGUCAAGUUCUAUGAACACCUCGGUAUGAAGAUGAUUCGAAAGAUUGAACAACCGGAAGCCAAAUUCGACCUCUACUUUUUGGGAUACGACUCUCCGAAGGCACUUUCACAUGGCAAUCACUUCAGCGAUCGCGAAGGUCUGAUCGAAUUGACACAUAAUUAUGGAACCGAGAAUGAUCCGGAUUAUAAAGUUGCAACUGGCAACAGUGAGCCUGCGAGGGGGUUUGGUCAUACUUGUAUCAGUGUCGACAAUAUUCAGGCCGCCUGCCAACGAAUUGAGGAUGCCGGUUACAAGUUCCAGAAGAAGUUGACGGACGGACGAAUGCAUCACAUUGCAUUUGCUCUCGAUCCCGAUGGAUACUGGGUAGAGAUCAUUAGCCAGAAUUCGGUUGAAAAGACUGAGGAUAUCAAGACUACAGACCUGCAGACAUACCGCAUGAACCACACAAUGAUUCGGGUUAAGGACAACGAGAAAUCAUUGAAGUUCUACCAAGAGGUUAUGGGGAUGACUUUGAUGAGGACGAACGAGAACAAAGAUGCGAAAUUCACACUCUAUUUCCUUGCAUACCCCGGUGAAACGGGUGUUCCAAACACGUCUGCAAAUGGUGUCAAUCCAACUGCCGGAAGAGAGGGCCUUCUAGAGUUGACUUGGAACCACGGUACUGAGAAGGAUGCCGAUUUUAAGUAUCACAACGGUAAUGACGAGCCUCAAGGAUUUGGUCAUAUUUGCGUUUCGGUCGAUGAUCUUGAUGGUGCGUGCCAGCGCUUUGAGGAGCAAGGUGUGAACUGGAAGAAGAGACUCACAGACGGUCGUAUGAAGAAUGUAGCAUUUGUUCUAGACCCGGACAAUUACUGGAUUGAAGUUAUUCAAAAUGAGAAGUUGAAGGACAGAGCAAACUGGUAG